AUGACUAUUCCGAAAACGUUCGCCCUCAGCUAGUCCAUAAUUCCCCAAAAAUCUCGCGAAAUUGGCUAAAUGCUGCAAAGUGACGCAUUUCUCGGGUAACUCUAUCCGUUAUUCGUGAUUUAUAUCUCGAGGAUGACCCGAAGAUAUUCCUGAUGAUCCUGAAGACUGGAGAAUGACUGGAUAAGAUUUUUUAUUUCAAGAGGCAUUUUUGGACUGAAAUAUGAUCCUGGCACGCAGUAGACACUUGAUCCGCUCUCGAGGGCUUCUCCACGAACUCAGGACAGUCCCGUCACAAGAACCAUCUCAUAAAUGUAGAAUCAGGGAGAUAGUUCAAGCACGAGAAUAUCGCGAUUUUGGACAUGGCAACAAUCGCAAAGUCACGAAGAGAUUCUUUCUCUGGACGGCGUUUUUGAUUGUUGGGCUGAUAGCACCCUGGUCGAACUGGAGAGGAUUGAAGUCACACCUUUUCCCGAAAGUUGAUGCAGCCGAAAUGCUAACAGAAGAGGAUUCCGAGGAGGGAACACUCGCCGAGAGCUCUGACGAGCCAAAGAAGAAGAAGAAGAAACAAAAAGUUGGAUUUCGCGAUCGCAAGAUAAUUGAAUACGAAAAUCGUAUAAGACAUUACUCAACACCGGACAAAGUAUUCCGGUAUUUUGCAACUCUCCAAGUUGUGAUUCACGAUGCCCACGAGGUUUUUAUGACGCCGGAUGAUUUCUUGAGAUCAUUGACGCCUGGUGUCAAACAACCCGACGGUCUAGGACUGGAUAAAUACAAACGAUUCGACCCCAAGGGAAUCCAGGAUAAAUUGGAACUUGAGUUGAAUGAAGACAGCAUCUUCUAUCGACUUGGAAGCGCUGGGCUGAUCACCUUCUCCGAUUAUAUUUUUCUACUCACGGUUUUGUCAACCUCCAGACGCCACUUCGAAAUAGCAUUUCGAAUGUUUGACUUCAACGGUGAUGGAGACGUCGACUCCGAUGAAUUUGGAAAGGUAGCGACUCUAAUUCGUCAACAAACGAGCAUUGGAAAUCGUCAUCGAGACCACGGAAACACUGGGAAUACCUUCAAAGGGGUGAACUCAGCACUAACUACCUAUUUCUUCGGUCCAGCCAACAAUCAGAAGCUGACGAUAGAGAAAUUUUUGGACUUCCAGGAGCAGCUGCAGAAGGAAAUCCUGAAUUUGGAGUUCGAACGACGCAAUCCUGACUCGGACGGAAACAUCACGGAAGUUGACUUCACUGAAUUGCUCCUGGCGUACGCUGGCUACCCAGAGAAGAAGAAAGCGAAGAUGUUGAAGCGAGUGAAGAAGAGCUUCAAGGACAAUGCCAGGGGGAUCAACAAGGAGGAUUACAUGAAGUUCUUCCACUUUUUGAAUAAUAUUAACGAUGUUGACACUGCUCUCACGUUCUACCACAUCGCUGGGGCGUCCAUCGAUCAGGCGACGUUGAAACAUGUGGCCAAGACUGUGGCUCAUGUUGAUUUGAGCGAUCAUGUCAUUCAAGUGGUUUAUACUAUUUUCGAUGAGAACAUGGAUGGACAGCUCAGCAAUCGCGAGUUCGUCGCAGUUAUGAAAAAUCGAGUGCUGAGAGGCCUGGAGAAGCCGAAAGACACUGGCUUCGUGAAGCUCAUCCAGUCGAUGGCAAAAUGCGCCAAGAAUAGUUACGCAUUCGACAAGUGAUCGCAUUAAAAUAAACCUAAUUUAUAGAA